AUGGACCACCUGAACAAGGCACUUAGUGAUACCUCGAGUUACUGUCCUAGUAAAGAUACUUCGUCUGUAUCGGAUGAGUUCAAGAAGGCGUGUCCAAUGUUGAGUGGCGGUUCACACAACACGGUCCGUCAAGACGUGACCAACAGCACGUGCGCCUACAACAACAUGCCUGAGGAGGUGCAAAUUCCAGACAAUUACAACACGUUCGGGACAAACGCAGGCGUCAGCCCGUCCGAUAACUUCUACGCCCCUGCGAAUGAGACGUACGAUCUCUUAAUGCGCCAGACGAUUCCAGUCGUCCUACUGGGACGAUUUGUUGACCCAGAUUCGAAUGUGGUGCAAACCAGCGUCGAGUUCGUGUGUAUGAAUGCGAACAACACAGUGGAGGGAAGCCGCGUACCGGAGGAACAGACGCCGUGGGAUAGUGCUGGGGCUGAUAUCAGUGCUAGGAUGGUGGGAUGGGCGGCCGGUGUGAUGACGGCGGUGAUGCUGGUGUUGUAA